AUGUUGAACUUGGUUCAGAUGAGGAAGGAAAACACGAAACGGUACGAGAAGAUACAGCAUUUAGGAGAAGGACAGUUUGCUAAUGUAUAUAAAGCUAAGGAUUUGGAAACAGGAGAUUUGGUUGCCAUCAAAAAAAUCAAAUUGGGUUCGAGAGCUGAAGCAAAAGAUGGUAUAAAUCGUACGGCAUUGCGUGAGAUCAAACUCUUACAAGAAAUUCACCACGAAAACAUAAUUGGGUUGCGAGAUGUUAUUGGUAGCCGUACCACUAUUCAGCUGGUAUUUGAUUUCAUGGAGACAGAUCUCGAGCAUGUCGUGAAAGACUUCUCUAUAAUCUUGAAUCCUGCCCAGAUCAAGAAUAUGACCAUGCAAACUCUUCUUGGGUUAGAAUUUCUGCAUGCUCAUUGGAUUUUGCAUAGGGAUAUGAAACCUAAUAAUUUAUUGAUGAACAGUGCUGGUAGAAUUAAAAUAGCUGAUUUUGGUCUUGCGAGGUUUUUCGGAUCACCGAAUCGUUACUAUACUAACCAAGUUGUGACUCGAUGGUAUCGAGCACCCGAGUUAUUAUACGGAGCUAAAACGUACGGUGUAGGUGUAGAUAUGUGGGCAAUGGGAUGUAUAUUAGCCGAGCUGCUUCUUCGAAACCCUAUUUUCCCGGGUGAAUCUGAUCUGGAUCAACUGUGCAAAAUUUUCAAGGUGCUUGGUACUCCUACAGAAGAAGACUGGCCAGAAAUGACUAGCUUAACGGAUUACGUUAAGAUCAAAGAAGCAACCGCUAUUGAACUCAGAGAAAUUUUCACAGCGGCAACAGAAGAUUUGAUUCUUCUAUUACGGGGGAUGUUUAUGUUCGAUCCAUUGAAAAGAAUUAAUUCUACUCAAGCUUUACAAUCUCCUUACUUCAGUAAGGAACCUUUAUGUUGCCCAGACGAAGAUUUGCCUUUACCUGGACGACCGAUGGGUGGCACUAGAGAAAGUCGCAGAAGAAGACUGCAAGACGAAUUCGGAAACGAGCCCGCCAAGAAAAGACUUGUUUUUGAUUAA